UCAGGGAAUGUGCAUAAACAUACGUGAACAUUCGUUAAUCGUAAAACCAUAACCUCUACUAAUUCACAGUUUUACACUUUAAAUGCCUCUACAAAAAACUGACUCAGUCAAUCCGCAUGAUCUGUAGACUGGCUACCGGUUGGGCAUCGUGUAGUAGGCAGUCAGACACGUGUGGUCCUGUUUAGCUGAGCCACAACAUAAAACAUAAGCCCUCUGACAAAAGCAAACUUUUUUCCUGUACUGGAGCUCAUUACUAGUGUCUCAUGAGUUUUGUGGAGUAUUCAGAGUUCAUUCAGGAAGGAGAUGUGGUCAUUAUCUUCCUUGGUCAUGACUCCAUGAUGCCUAUCAAAGUGGAGGCUGGGGCCCAAACUCAGACCCGAUACGGAGCUAUCCGCCACUCCAGUGACUUAAUCGGGCGACGGUUUGGUUCUAAGGUGACCUGCAGUAAGGGAGGAUGGGUGUAUGUGCUGCACCCCACUCCAGAGCUAUGGACUGUGAAUCUGCCCCACCGAACACAGAUUCUCUACACCACAGACAUUGCCAACAUCACAUUGAUGCUGGACCUCAAACCAGGCUCCAUCGUCUGUGAAUCGGGUACGGGCAGUGGCUCACUGUCUCACGCUAUUCUCCGCACCAUUGCGCCCAGUGGUCAUCUGUACACAGUGGAGUUCCACGCCCAGAGGGCUGAAAAGGCUGCUCAGGAGUUCAAAGAGCACAAGGUGGCCCAUCUGGUCACUGUCCGAAACCAGGACGUGUGUAAAGAAGGCUUUGGUGUUGUGGGUGUGGCCGAUGCAGUAUUUCUGGACAUCCCCUCGCCGUGGGAGGCUGUCACGCAUGCCAAGAAAGCCUUCAAACGCAAGGGGGGUCGUCUGUGUUCGUUCUCACCAUGUAUAGAGCAAGUCCAGAGGACAUGCGAGGCGCUGCUGGAGCAAGGUUUCGAGGAGAUCUGCACUCUGGAGGUUCUGCAGAGGGUGCACGAUGUCCGUUCCGUCACUCUGCCCUUGCCAGACUUUGGCCCGGAGGAUGGAGGAGCAGAGAGUGCCAAAAUGGCCUCAGAGGAAGUCUCAUCUGCAGCAAACUCCGGCCACCCCUCAGUGACCUGCCGAACUGCCACGGCCCCUCGGGAGAUGGCUGGACACACAGGGUACCUCACCUUUGCUACAAAACCACGGGGCUAGAGAACAGCAAGUGUUGGGAGGGUGUUAAAGAACACACAAUGUAGUGACACUGUGUGGAUAAGUGUGGAGUAUGGACAGCAGCUCUGUGCUAAUGUAUUCUCAUCGACUCCCAUAGUGCACAUGAACUCCCUUGGCACUGCCUCCAGGCUGCCUUGUGAUCUGUCAAAUUGCUUAAGUUAGGAUACGGAGAAGGUUUUUAUAAUCAGAGUUGGGUAAACGCAGCUGUUUGCCAAGCAGGUGGAUGAGGAGGUAGAUAAGGCUUCAUCAUUCUUUAACCUGCAGUCAUUAUUUUAUUUCUUGACAAGUACAGCAGUGUCUUUUUAUUUUGGCAACAUUUUGUUACAAUAAAUUUAAAAUGAGAAAAAA